UUUCCCAUUUUUUUCCCUAAUGGAUUGGUCAUGUGCUAUCAUAGUAAACAACAAAUGUGGACAUGUAGGCUCAUAGGACAGAACAGCUUGUGGGUUUUUAGUAAAGUAACUUAGAUAAAUGGAUAGUGAGAUUAGAUCUAUUAUAAUUAGUGAUGUUUGACAUUGAUUCUCCAGUUCAAUCUGGGCAUACUGUCCUAGUGGUAAAAUGCUGGGCUUUUGAACCAAGAAGUCUCCAGUUCACUGGAAUUAGAAAUUCCAAAUUUUUAGAAUGCACCCAACUCUAGCAUACGUUGGAAGUCAAGGCAUUUGAGCAUUAUGCUGUGAACCUGAGACUGUUGUUAACCAUUGGCCAUAGAGACAGAUAAGUUUUACAUCAUCUAAACCCCAGGGGUCACAAGUAACAAAAUGUUGGAUAAAAAAAUCCUAAUAAUCCUUAUUGUGGGUGCUGUGAUGGCAGUCAUUGGCAUAGCUAUGAUUCCAUUGAUUGACUUCAUUAUCAAAGGACAAAUUAAAAAGAACAUGGUCAUUUCUAAUUCCAGUGAAAGAUAUGACAUGUGGAAGGAUGUCCCAGUCCCUAUAUACUUGCAGUUCUAUAUCUUUCAUGUAGACAAUUCAGAUGAAGUGAAAAAGGGAGACAAGCCUAUGUUAAUACAGAAAGGGCCAUAUACUUACAGAGAAAGACGGAGCAAGUUUAAUAUAACAUGGAAUGAUAAUGGCACAGUCAGCUAUAGACAGAAUCGAAUCUACAGCUUUGUUCCAAAGAUGUCCCCUUGCAAGGAAUCAGACAUUAUUACCACUUUGAACCCCAUUGUUGCUGUAUUGACUCACAAUUUGAAGUGGAUGCCAUCGCUUGUUAAAAAGUUAGUCUCCUAUGGCUUGAAAGAAACGGGUGAAGAUUUGUUCAUAACACGUUCAGUCAAAGAACUCUUGUGGGGAUAUGAUGAUCCAGCUCUGCUCUUUUUACAAUCUUUGAUGCCGUCUGCUGUCAAGUCUGCAACGACUGGAUAUUUUAUUCAGAAAAAUUUAACAGAUGAUGGUUUGUAUACCAUCCAUACUGGAGCUAUAGACAGUGACCUGGUGGGCAAAGUAUCAAGGCACAAUGGACAAAGUGUCCUUGAUGUCUGGUCUACACCAUGGGCUAAUAUGAUCAAUGGGACGGAUGGUUCCGUGAACUCCCCAUUGAAUUUUGAUAGAGAAAUCAUUGAAAUCUUUGUGUCUGAUAUGUGCAGGUCUAUAAGUGCUGUUUAUAAAACGGAUGUCAAACUGCCACAAGGCAUCAAACUUCAACGCUUUGAAUGGGACGAAAGCAUCAUGAUGAAUGCCUCGUUGAAUGAAGACAACAUUGGCUACUGUGUUCCACAGUCUCUUUGUUUACCUAGUGGCCUGUUGAACAUGACAAUGUGUCGAAAGGCAGCCGGUGGACUUUAUCUCCCAUUAGUUAUUUCAUUUCCACACUUCCUGUAUGGUGAUCCGGAGGUCAUUAACAGCUUUGAAGGUUUACAUCCAAGUGAACGGGAACAUCAGACACUGAUUGAUGUAGAGCCGUGGACUGGUCUUGUUCUACGAGCAACAAGCAAGCUCCAGAUCAAUAUGUACAUAGAACAAGUUCCUGAUAUAGAACAAACCAGAAAUCUCAGGUCAUUGUAUUUUCCCAUUUUUUGGCUUAAUGUGAGUUCAGUUGUGGAUGAUAAAAAUGCCAACUUGUUAAAGAAACAAUUGUUUAAUUCUAUGGAGAUAGCUGAUGGUGUGAAGUAUUCUCUUCUGUCUGUGGGACUUUGCCUUGUAAUCCUGGCAGCAGUUCUUUAUAUUCUGGACAAAUAUAAACAUCACGACAGAGAAGAGACAUCUCAUCAUGAACAGGAAGCUGCUGAACUGUGUCUAAAGGGUCAAGGUUUUAGAAAAGAUGAAGACUUUACUUUCUGUGAUCCAAAGACAGAGAAACUACAAUUAGAAAAGAGUCAUCAGAUAAUGAGCACAUCUUCCAAACAAAGCUCAAUUGAGACGCCAGAGGAGCAGACGCAAUUGAUGACCUCAGAGAUUGAGAAGGGAGACAACCCAAACACCUCACCCUGAUAGCAACAAUUUGUUUGAAAGCAAAAGUCUGUGAUUCAUUGUCAUUUUUUUCAUUAGCUAUCAAAACUAUUCUAACUGUUGAAUAUGUAAAAAGUGUUAAAAGAGAUUAAAUAACUGUCACAUGACAUCCAUUCCGCCCAAUCUUAUAAUAAACUAGGAUAGCUACCAAAUGUAAUCUUUGCAUAAGGUGUAUGAACUGGAUUUGAAUCUUUUGCUUUAAUGUAAUUUAUAAAUAACUUUACAAUUGUUUUGAUUCCUACAAAUAUUAUCACUAGAAUUGAAGGCAGUGUUCUUGAAUUAAUUUGGAACAACAUUUUUUUUUUGUUUUGUUUUGCAAUGAUCAUUAAAGCUAUAAGAUCUUAAAUUAUGUUUGAAAGGGGACAUAUUGCAUCUUUUGAGUUUUGAAGAAAAGUUACUGCUUCAGACUUAAAGUAAAAAAAAUUGUGUUGCCUCUUCUGGACUGUUAAAUGUUCAGGAGAAAUGUUCAGGUCUAUCUCAUCUCUUUUAAAAAACAAAUAAUGAAACUCAUCUCCUGGAACAGUUUAUUGAUGUCAUGAAGUUUGUGCCAUAAAGAGAUGAAAGAAUGUGUUUUGCAUUUUUUAAUAAGUUGUUGUUUUUUUUAACAAAUAUUUGGAAUUUGUUUGUGCAUGCCAGUUAUCUUACAUAUCAGAUUAGCCUCAAUGACCUUGUGUUCUAUUUUGUUUUGUGCUUUUUUUUUUUUCAUAAAUCUUUAACCAUUCCGAAAUUUUAAAUAUUGGAAAAUAAAUGAUAUAGUUCAUCCAUCGUGGUUGGAUGAUGACCACUUUGUCAUCCAGGGGGCUGAGGGCUUUGCACUGGGGUUUUAUGCCUCCUCAUGUGGCUGGUGAGACCUAUGUGAGCCCGGAAUGUUCGGCCGCACACUGGGCAGGUUAUUCCAGCUGGAGCUAGUGUCGUUUGUCUUGCUUUUCUUUUCUGCCGUUUUUCUUCUGCCAGCGUUGUUCUUUUUUCCUCAGCAACCUGUGCGCCAGUUUUCACAGCGCGACGCCAUGAUGCUCUGUCAUGUGCCUCUGUCUCCCAGGUGCCAGGGUCUAUGCCGAAAUUUUAAAUAAUGGAAAAUAAAUGAUAGUUGUACACAAUCAAUACCUGGAGUUAUGCUCAACAAAUUGCCAAGUACCUCAUUGAUUUAUUGAUACCAUGCGGUUUGUAUUGUAAAAUAUGACAUUCUUGUUGAAUGGAAUCUUUGAAAUACUUUAUUACCAUGUCCUGUAUUAUUGUAUUGAUUUGUUGAAGUAUUUGACAGUUUAGUAGAUUGAAGAGUUUCUUGUUUAAAUGAGUUACUUCAAAGUUAUUUGAAGUUACUUUUACAUUUGUUGUUAUUGUUUUAUUGAUGACUUGAAUGGAGACUACUAGUAGAGAGAUUAUCUGUGUGCUUUGAUGAUUGACUUGCAGGUGAUCCAGUA